CUUUAGAAAAGCUACUUCCGUUUACUCCCUCAGCACGUUGACAUCGCAUCUAAAUUUGCGAAUUUAGGUCAGGUCAGAUUGGUUUACCUGAAUCAAGCACACAUGUUGGACGCAUCAGUGGUCUGGAGCUGCGACACAGGCUUUGCUGGUUAGGAAAUGCGGACUGUGCUCAGACUGGCAGCAGUAGCGGUCCCUAUGGGUUUGCUGCUUUCAAGAACCAUGGCAUGGAUAUCCAGCGGCAAAACACACGUAGAACUCGUCACCCGUUUAAGAGAUCAUGGGGUCAUCCGAAGCGAUUGUGUGUUUAAUGCCAUGCUUGCCACUGACAGAGGAAUUUAUUCAAGAGACCACCCUUAUGCUGAUUCCCCUCAAUCCAUAGGUUACAAGGCUACCAUCAGUGCACCACAUAUGCACGCACAUGCUCUUGAGAUUCUCAGUGAUAAGUUAACAGAAGGCGCCUCCGCCCUGGACGUGGGUUCAGGAAGUGGAUAUCUCACUGCAUGCUUUGCCAGAAUGGUAGGACCCUCUGGUAAAGUAGUGGGAAUUGACCAUAUAGAUGAGCUGGUGCAAUCGUCCAUUAAAAAUGUCCAGGCGGAUGAUCCAGACCUGCUGGCUUCUGGACAGAUUAAAUUAGUGGUGGGUGAUGGACGGUUGGGUUUUCCAGAUGAAGCCCCCUAUGAUGCCAUUCAUGUUGGAGCAGCUGCUCCCACACUUCCUAAAGCUCUGCUGGAGCAGUUGAAACCAGGUGGGAGACUAGUUUUGCCAGUAGGCCCGGAGGGUGGAAGCCAGGUUCUCGAGCAGUAUGAUCGUCAGAGCGAUGGCACUUUCCUCAGGAAAGCACUGAUGGGUGUCGUUUAUGUCCCGCUAACAGACAAAUACCGCCAGUGGCCAAGUGAUGAGCUCUGAUUGCAAGUAUGGUUGCCCCUGCAGAUGGCGCUGGUGUUGUGGUUCAGGAAGCCCUUAGGCCUGAAAAGAAGGAUUGUGUAACAUUGCAACCUGCUGCUUAGCAACCCAUUUGCUGGGAUCAUUCUGAUUCUUGACUUGAAAUUGAAAUUCAAUUGCAGCAAUUGUUAGAGGACAGGAAGAAAUGCUUUCAGGGCAUUUCUGAGGUGAUGUCCCAUCUCAUAUCUAGACUGAGUGGUGAAGAACUUUUCUGAAAAAGUGAUCUCAGUAUGCAUAGUAUUCAUAGGUGGUCUUAUGUUCAUCUUUAACAUAUACUGCAAGCAAUGGAAAUAGAGUACAGUUACAAGAAAAUGUAACCCAUGAUACCUGUUUAGAGUGACAGCUUUUUGACUAGAAAGGUAUAUGCCAAGGCUUUAGUAAGGAAACAAAAUGACUUUUAUUUACUAUUAUUAAAAUCAAAAGUAUAUAACAUCUUUACAAAAUUUCUUUAUUUUAUAGCUUUUUGCAUGCAUGAACUCUUUAGAAAUGUAAUCAGAUGUUCAUUUUAAGUGUUGAUAUCGUCUUUUCUGGUGUGUAAUUUCAAUAUGUCUUAUUUGACAUAAUCCUUUAUGUACAGUAUAUUAAUCUACUUGAAUGUAAACAAUGCCUUGCAUGUAUUUUUAAAAUCAAUAAAGCUGUCAAAAU